ACGACGACGACGGGCUUAACGUUGAUGGAUCCACAGGCUACUUCCCAAUCAACAGAAGAAGAGACGAGAUCUUCUUACGAGUCGAGGCCCAAAACUAUACCGUGGACCAACGAAAAACAUGUCCAGUUCUUGAACUCAAUGGAGGCUUGGUUCGUCCGUACAAUGUUGGAAGACUCCCGACGCGUCCUCCAUUCCGACCGCAACACGCCAGCUAGUUCAGACUCAACUGUAGAAUCAAAACUAAUGCUGGAGAGAAGGAGAAAGCACGCCACCACAGGGAAUUGCAUGGGCACGAGAAGCACAGUGAUCAACGAUCCACCUGAAAGGGUAUUAAGUACACCUUCGUCUCAGCCGUACAAUUCAUCACAAGAUCUGGUGGUUCCUAAUCAGAUCGAAAACAGAAGAAUUGUUUAUGAUGAGAGAGGGCUUGCAGUGGCAUCCACCACACCUGUAGAUGCAUUUGAUCUCUAUUGCAACUGAAAAUUUUAAAGAUUCUUCCUGUAGGACUUCUUUGCAUUUGAUAUCUCAAGUUAAGCUGUACCAUUGGUAAUUUUACUUUCAAGUGAAAUAAGAGAUAUUAGAUUUA